AUGAGCGAGCACCUGGUUUCGGCGGAAAUCUACGUGUCCACCGCAGCUGGGAUAGCUCUCCGCAAGCCGCCCAUUCCAACAAAACGCAAAACUGAUAAACGGGAUUCCGUCAGGCAGAAUUUGGGAUCCGACGACAAGAGGCUCAAGGAAAAGACGAGCUGGCUUACCCUGGCGCGUGGAGCUUCUGGGGCAGGACAGUGGCGGUCAGCAACUUGCAAGCUUAGCGAAGAAGGCAGCCGAUGUCUGCUGAACAUUUACGUCGACGAAACGAUACUCUAUCAGACACUCUACAUCCAUCUCUUGAAUCACACAGACAUUCGUCUUGCCGACCCUUCUCUGUUCUUCCGCAAAGACUGCUUGGGCAUAUAUUCCAUCGGGUCUCAGCGCUGGAUGUCGAAUACGAAUCACGCUGGCGAGCCUGUCUACCUGCAAUUCGCGAAUUCGGAAACUUGCAGCACCUGGCUUGGUCUUCUCCGGUCUUAUGCUGUACCCGAGAUUUAUGGUCGUCUUCUCUUUCCACAAGACGGCGGUUCCUACCGCAUGUGGAGACAAGUCGAACUAACCGUUAUCCAAGCAAGAAAUCUCGGUAACACGCGUCUUAUGGACCUAGGCACUAGUACCAAUGCUGCUAUCAUCAGUGGCAACCCCGAGAAUGCCGUGGAGGGAGAAGCAGUCGAUUUAAUGGACGUCUCGUGUGAAAUCCAUUUUAACAGCAUGCUAUGUGGCCGUACAACCCUCAAGAAAGGCAUCGGCUCCCCAGACUGGCAUGAAAACUUCACGUUCACAGACUUGCCUCCGUUCGAUACUCUGGAGGUCCUUGUCUGGAAGGAAAAGAAACUGUUCAAACCGACUUUACUCGGGUCAGUGAGGGUUACACUAGCCAACUUCCGACGAGGAGAGUCUGUUGAAGGAUGGUUCCCUGUUCUUCACCAAGGACCUACCGUCAGUGACCUCCAAGUGGGCGAUAUUCGUUUGAAGAUCAGGGUUGACGAAGAAAUCAUUCUACCUCUUGACGCGUAUUCCAAGCUACUCCAGACAUUCAACACACGCAAUUUCCUCGAGUGGAUGACCGACUUUGAAUCAAAAUUCAAGCUCAAGACCAUUUCUCACCAACUUAUCUCGAUCGCAGUGGCAAAGGGCAAUCUUAUUGCACAAGUGCAGGAGAUCGCCGCCCGAGAAGUUGAAGGGACGCCGUCGUCCCAUCAAACUAUAUUCCGGGGCAACACUAUCUUCACCAAAGUCAUGGAGGCUUGCAUGAAUUGGUAUGGCAAACCGUUCCUAGAAGCUAGUAUUGGUCAAGUCCUGCGGCGACUUUGUGCCGAAAAAGUCGCUAUCGAGGUCGAUCCCGUUCGGAGUGGAAAGGGCCCCAAGGACAUCGAGCGCAGCUUGGAUCUACUGAUUCAUUGGUCACAAGAGUUUUGGAAUCAGAUCUACUCGGUCAGAACAGAAUGUCCAACUGAAAUGCGCCAUUUGUUUGAGACCAUUCGAAAACUCGUCGAGAAACGAUAUAGGAUCAAAGAAACAAACAAUCAGGAUAGCCGGGAACUACCAUGGCAAAGCGUCUCAGCUUUCUGCUUCCUACGGUUUAUUGUGCCUGCUAUUCUGCACCCCCACCUGUUUGGAUUGUGUCCCGGCAUGCCGAGUGUCCCAGUUCAACGCAGCCUGACUCUCAUCGCAAAGGUGAUCCAAAGUCUCGCCAAUCUCAACGCGACGGUCCAAAAAGAAGAGCACAUGAGGGGCGUCAAAGAUUUUCUCAACGACAGCCGUGCCGGGAUGAUCGACUAUAUUCUCGUGGUCUCGAGUCCCAGUCGGAUAGCAGAGAGCGAAACAUAUGGGUGGAGCUCGGAAGAUCCAUCUGAGCGGCAUGAACGCCUUGCAGUGGUAAAUGCACUCCGCCAUCGCACAGCACGCAUGCCUGCUCUCAGCCGAGAAUCGAUUCCAAUGCCUCUGAUUCCGGACAUCCCGAAACAGUUGGCGAUCAUUACGUCUGCCGUGAUCCGGAACUCACGUGACUAUCAUGCUCGCGCCAAACCCAACGAUCCCUCGGACAGGCCGCUGAACGAGUUUUGUUCGCGUUGCUUUGAAGUGGAGGAAGCUGCUCUUCAGCGCGUAAGCCAACUUGCCACACGCAUAUCUUCAGAGCGGAGGCGAGCUGAGCACUCGCCAUCGCUUUCUAUGUCUGGCUCGCCUGUUACGUCCGCACCGAGACGGUCUCGUAAAUCAACUGGGAGACCCUCGACUGCGCCAUCACCCUCAGACCCCACUUAUGCCUCACGUCGACAAUUGGCUGACCCAUCGAGCCCAUCACAUCCUCCCUCAAACUGGGACGAGAGUCGACUACGGCGCAACCAUCUCAAAUCACCUUCUACAGACUCUAUUCCUUACGCAAAGGCUAACCCUGCGUCAGCUGCUGGCGUCUUAGAUACCCCCGGACUCCGACGACAAGAAGAAACGCGGUCUUUUGCGAAUGUGGCGUCGAUAAUAUUCUAUUCAAUACCCUCAUUGUUGUUCUUACUAACUGAUGACAAAUGUUCUGUUGUACACGUAUCUGUAAUACCUAGCAGCUAUCUAAUACAACAUCGGGCUAUGAUGGACUAA